UCGAUUUUCUCACCUCGUAGAAAAGUUCUUCUGCGCCCGCCAUUACAGGAAACUAACCGGCUUCCGGUUAACGGCGCUUUUGAAAAUGGCUGCGCCCGUCACUAGAGUUCUGUCAGUCAGACUGUUUCAUCAAGUGAAAGGACUGAGAUAUCCGUUAUUAAAGCAAGCCAUUCACACAAGUGUCUGUACCAUGGGCGCCUAUGAUGCCGAAUUCAACAAAGCAAAGGAAAGACUGAACUCUUUAAAAGAAGAUCCAGGGAAUGAUGUUAAACUAAAAAUAUACGGAUUGUUCAAACAGGCUACAGUGGGGAAAUGUAACACCCCGAAACCUGGAAUGUUGGAUAUGGUAGGCAAGUACAAGUGGAGUGCCUGGAAUGAGCUUGGUAACAUGUCACAGGAUGAUGCCCAGAAAGAGUACAUAUCCCUUGUGGAUUCCCUGGCAGGGUCGGAGGAGGCGGCUCCCGAGUCAGCCCCAGGGGGUGAGGGCAAGUACCAGACCCUUCUCAUUAACAACACAGGGGGGGUGUACAAUAUCACACUCAACAGACCCACCAAGAAGAACGCCAUCACCGUACAGAUGUAUGAAGAGCUGAUCUUGGCCUUGAAGGAGGCAGGGGAAGACAAGUCUGUUGUCCUGGCAACUAUGACUGGGUCCGGAGACUACUACUGCAGCGGCAAUGACCUUGGGAACUUUAUGAACAUUACGCCAGACAAGAUCAAAGAGAUGGCUGUCAACGCCGGGGACCUGCUACAACGGUUUGUGUCAGCCUUUAUAGACUUCCCCAAGCCAUUGAUAGGUCUGAUAAAUGGACCAGCUGUGGGUGUUUCUGUCACAGUUCUUGGACUAUUUGAUGCUGUGUAUGCCAGUGACAGGGCAACAUUUCACACCCCAUUCUCCGCACUGGGACAAUCUCCAGAAGGCUGCUCCUCCUAUGUAUUCCCCCGUCUAAUGGGAGCCGCCAAGGCCAGCGAACUGCUACUCUUCAAUAAGAAGAUUUCUGCAGCUGAGGCGUACAACCGUAACCUGAUAACUGCUGUGAUACCGGACGAUGUGUUUGUGAAAGAGACACAGGCUACAAUACAAGCCAUUGCAAAGCUACCUCGAGAGAGUAUGGCAUUUUCCAAGGUCCUUAUACGAAGUGCAGAAAAAGCCCAGCUGCAUGCAGUGAACAAGGAGGAGUGCGAGGUCCUGAUUGGUCGAUGGCAGUCCCAGGAGUGUAUGAACGCUAUCAUGAGCUUCUUCACACAGAAAACUGCCAAGUUGUAACCAGUGACUGACAUAUAGAUAAUUAAAUUAUACAUUGAUUAAAGUUAUUCUCUAUACUAUUAUUUUUUCUUCUUCAUGAGUUACAUAUAGGUUUGAUAAAUAUGAUAUUUGAAAAUAUAGUUAAUGAUGCUUUGAUGGAAAGCAUCAUAAUUGCUGACAAAAAAGAAGACAAUACAUAUAUGUUAUUUAAUUCUAGUACAUGUUAUUUAAUAUCAUUAGAUUGAUGAAAUUGAAAAUUGUUUCACACUUCUUAAAUCAGAACUAGUAUGGGACAUGGGGCAUUGCAUAAUGUGAUCACUGUAUUCCAGCAACCAUUACUGAAUGAUACUUGGGCAAUGUUUCAUAGGAUUCAAAUUUACUUACCUAUCUGUGUUACUAUUUACAUGUAUAUUCACUUUUGAAGUUUAUUGCUAAAGUUGAUUAUUUAUUCAAAUAAAAAGUUAUCAAACAUUUUGAA